AUGGCACACCCCGAUGACGAUGAGAGUCGAGCCAGUGGGGCCGAGCCGCGACCGGACGAGCAGACGCCCCUCCUCGGCACAGCCGUUCCGCCGGUUGAUGUCGACAGCCCGGCGGAGACGCAGGCCGCGGGCCAGACGGUCGGCGCGGCGGGAGAGGUGACGGUGCUGGUCGAGGGCAUGUCCCAGACCAGGUUGGUGGUAAUCAUGUGCACAGCCUGGGUCGGAGUCUUUUUGGGAGCCGUCGACACCAGCAUCUUCGCGACCCUCUCGGCGCCCAUCUCGAGCGAGUUCCACUCCCUGAGCCUGUUCUCCUGGCUCGCCACAGCCUAUCUCAUUGCCAAUGCCGCUUGCCAGCCCAUCUCGGGCCGCCUCACCGACCUGUUCGGCCGCGGCCCGGGCCUGGUCUUCUCCAACAUCGCCUUCGCGGCCGGCAACCUGAUCUGCGGGCUCGCGCAGGACGGAAGCACCAUGAUCGUGGGCCGCGUCAUCGCCGGCAUAGGCGGCGGCGGCCUCAUGUCUAUCUCCACCUUCCUGGGCUCGGACCUCAUCCCACUCCGCAAGCGGGGUGUCUACCAGGGCAUCGGCAACCUCGCGUACGGCUCCGGCGCCAUGCUAGGCGGCGUCUUUGGCGGGUUCGCCAACGACCACGCCGGCCUCGGCUGGCGCUUCGCCUUCCUCUCCCAGGUGCCCGUCGUGCUCGUCUCGGCCGUCCUGGCCUUCUGGCUCAUCCGCAUCCCGCCGAAGCUGUCCAACAAGUCGCUCAUCUCGCGCAUCGACUUCACGGGCGUCCUGCUCACCGUCUCGUUCCUGGUUCUGCUCCUGCUCGGGCUCAACGCCGGCGGCAACCUGGUCCCCUGGUCGCACCCGCUCGUGCUGACCAGCAUCCCGCUCUCUCUCGUCGCCUUCGUGGCCUUUGUGUUCUGGGAGUCCCGCUCGCCGCAGCCCGUGAUCCCGGUCCGCCUGCUGCUGGACCGCACCAUCCUGGCCGCGUGCUUUGCAAACCUGUUCGGAUGCAUGUCCCUCAUGAUGGUGGUGUAUUUUGUGCCCCUCUACAUGCAGGUGCUGGGCCACAGCGCCUCCGAGGCCGGCAUCCGCCUCAUCAGCUCCCCGCUCGGCACCGCCAUCUCGUCCCUGACCAGCGGCGUCGUCAUGAAGCGGACGGGCCGGUACGUCUGGCUCGGCGUCGCGGCCCUGACCGUCUACGUCUCGGGCUUCAUCGUCGCCACCACGCUGGACCAGGACUCGUCCAGCUGGACGCCCAUGGCGGCGCUCUUCCUGCUCGGGCUCGGCUUCGGCGCCAUGCUGACCAUCACGCUCAUGGCCUGCCUGGCCGCCGCCGACCACUCGAACCAGGCCGUCAUCACGUCGGCCACGUACGCGUUCCGGUCCAUCGGCUCGACCCUGGGCAUCACGGUCGCGUCCGCAAUCUACCAGAACGAGCUGCGCGCGCGCCUCUGGGCCCGCUUCGGGGACCUGCCCGGCGCGGCCGAGGAGAUUGCGCGGAUCCGCGACGACCUCGGCGAGCUGAAGCGCCUGCCCGAGGGCUGGCGCGAGGGCGUCAUCCUCUCGUUCAUGGGGUCGUUUAAAGGCGUCUGGCUGAUGGCCCUGGGGCUGGCGACCUUGGCGCUCGUGUCCGUGUCGCUGCUGAAGCAGCACACGCUGCAUUUUACGCUUUCUCGGAAGUGA